AUGUGGGAUCCAGUAUUUGAAUCGAAUUCAAACAAUCCGCCAACAAUGUGUACAGUUAGUACAACAAGUGGAUCAUCUUGUGUUUUUCCAUUCGUUUACAAUGGAAUAACGUAUUCGAAUUGUACUAUCCAAGGUCCAAACAAUGCUGCUUAUCAACCUCAAUGUGCAACGUCGGUUGAUUCGUCUAAUGUUGCUGUAACUUGGUCAUUUUGCAUCGUUCCAACGGAUGCGGUUGUCUUCUAUGCAACUGUUCGUAAGAAUGGCCCAUGGACACAAAACACGGGUAGUACACAUGGUGGAACUAUGUUAUGGAUCUAUGGAAAUCGAUUCGCUCAGAAUGCAUUCAGUACAGUUCCAUCGACAUCAACAUCGAAUUCUGUUCAAUUAGUGGACGGUUAUUCAGUUUAUAACUGUCAAAUUCAUCCCGAUAAAGUCACGAAUACGCAACUAACAUGUUACACGCCGAUGAUACCUGAAGGUCUUUAUCAAAUCCGGGUUUAUAGUAAUGGAAAUUUGGUUCCACUUUAUCAAUAUUACAACAAAGACCAAGCGACAUUCGCAGCUGUUCCAAGCAAUACACCGAUUAUCGAUAAUAUCAAUCCACAAAGCGGAACGCCACAAACAUUAAUAUCCUUAUCGGGAACAUUCGAAACCGAAUGUUUUUCGCGUGAUAUCGUUGGAUGCUCAGAUGAUAAUAAUCCGCUUAUAUCUCGAGUUUAUGUCGGUGGACAUCUUUGUAAUCUAAUCAAUCCGGUAACAGGGACAAAUUACUCGAUUGUGACUGAUACUGAUCUUCAAUGUUUUUUCGAAGGCACAGAAGUUGGAUUAUUUAACGUUUCUAUGCUUAUCACGAAUCAAUAUGGACGCUCAUCUGUUAAUUCAAACCUAUAUCGUGUAUCAUCCAACGAAGCUUUGUAUAAUUUCCAGAGUUAUGCAGUUAUUACCAAUGUAUCUCCAAACAAUGGCAGUAUUCAAGGAGGUACGAUCUUAACAAUCAGCGGAAACUAUUUUAGUGAUAAUGUCGCCUAUCCGUUAACGGUGAACGUCGGCGGACAAACCUGCGAAGUUUUAUCUACAGCUUUAACAACCGUUCAGUGUCAAAUUCCGUCUUCAGUAACAAUUCCAAAUCAAAACCAAUAUCAAGGUGGCCGCGGCCUACAACUGUUUCGCGAUACAAUCGCUUACUCUCAAUCGACAUUGUCAAGUAAUUCUCCUCCAGUACCAAGCUCAAGUGCGAUACAAAUGUGGAUUGAUGACGCGUCUUACACAUCGACAAAUUCCUCAGAUGAAACUGUUUGGAUCGAAGGUUUCAUUCGUCCGAGCAAAACCGCAACAUUUACAUUUUCAUUAUCAACCAAUGGUAAUGCUGUUCUAUUUUUGAGCACUGAUGCUAGUCCAUCAAAUAAAAUCUUGAUUGUGAACUUACCCUCAACGAAUCAAUCUAGUGAUAUUAUUUUACAAAAUAAUACGAAUUAUUAUUUGUAUUGCAUCGCAUCUCGAGUCGGUGGUUCGUUGUAUUUGGUCAUUCAAGGACGAAUGCAUCAAACAACAUUGACAGCAACAACAUCAAGUAUGGUUAUCAACGAAAUUCAACGUAUUGAUAUCAAUGCAAAUAUUCAGUCUGAACAUCAGAAACUUAUUUAUUCGACAAACUCGAUUGGAAAUGGAACAUCAGAAAUUCAAUCACUUCAAGUUGACAAUUCCACAUUUCAAAUUGGAUUCCGUGGAGUUUACACAGCACUAUUAAACGGUCGACCAAUUGCAGCGGACGUUCAAGCAGCGUUGAAUGACUUACCAACGAUCUAUCCACUAUCUGUUAGUGUAACAGCUACGAGUACACUCUACAUCAUUACAUUUCCAGCAGAAAUGGGCAAUGUACCGUUGGUAACCUGUAUAUCAACAGCAACAAAUUCUCCCAACGUCACUGAAACAACCCAAGGUGUGGCAUCAGGUUCUCAAAUCGCUUUUGAAGUCGAUGGUCAAUUGACAAAUUAUAUCGACUUUCAAAAUAACGCUCCAAGUUCAUCGAAUCUUCAAUCAAUAUUCAAUCAAGUAUUUAGUAUUCAAUGUCCAGUAUCGUUGAACAAUCGUCAAGCAGCACCAUCAAUUGUUUAUUUACAAGAUUUCGAAACGAAUUGCUACUACGAUGAAACAACGAUCGAAUCCAUUGCAUUCUGUGGACAAUGUUCUCAAAUAACAAAUACAGUUGUCGAUGGAAAUACUCAACCUGGAAAUUAUCUAUGUUUUGCAUAUAAAUUAUCCCAUAAUUAUGUUAUUGAACUCGACCUUGCUAUACAACUCAACGGUGAUACAAUCGAUAUCUAUUAUCCAUCAAUCUCAUUGAGUUUAAAUUCCGAUCAAAACUGGCAUUACAUUUGUUUAGACAUCUCCACUCUCCUCUCAGCUCAAUCGAGUAUCUAUUCAUCUUCAUCACUCGUUAUCACAUAUGCUUGGCUCAAUAGAAAUAUUCUCAAUAGUAUUCGAAUUGACACAGUUACUAUCCGAACAUCAUUACCUACUGGUUAUGAAGAUACAAGUUUAUAUCCAAUCGAUCAAACAUCAUCAUCUGCAUGUGUUUUUCCAUUUUACUAUAAUGGAAACAAGUAUUCAACUUGUAUUUUGAAUCCAACUACAAAUAUACCGUUUUGUGCAGAUGCAUCGAAUCGAACUUAUUUAUGUCAAAGCUCAUCCAUCGAAGGUGUUCGACGACUUUACCCAAAGCAUCAAUUGGUUUACAAUACAUUGAAUGUAACAUUAACAUCAAACACAAAGACAAUCGAUGUUUCAUAUCGCUACAGCGAUUGUUCAACUCCGGCAUUAAUCGUUUCAUAUCCGAACUCGAGUGCAACAGUAACUCGUGUAAAGCAAUCGUCAACGAGUGCGAAUGGUACAUUUGAUAUUACGUUUAAUUCUCAAACAUAUUCAUCAAUUCCGGUGAAUAUUCAAGCAUCAGAUUUAGCGAAUCGAUUGCAAACAUCAACCGACUUCGGAUAUUUAAAUGUCAUGCGAUUAGGCUAUUGCACAGGUUAUUCGUAUACGAUCGAAUGGAUUGCAAACGGUGGACAAAAGUCCUCGAUUUCGACUUCGAAUUUCGCAAACGUUCUCCCAAGUGGUACAACAGUGACAACAUCGAUUGUUCAACAUGGUGGAGUCCUGUUCAGUCCACUACCCGGUGACUUGACUCGUACCUAUUACACUGUACCGCAAGUUGAAGUUUUUGUUGGCGGAUAUCCAUCUUCGUGUUCAAAAGAUACAUGUAAUUUUCAGUGGUUAGCUAGCCAAACUCCAUCGAUUACAUCUGUCACACAAAAUGGGAUGUCGUUAUUAAUUAGUGGAACAGGAUUUAGUUCAUUAGUUAGUUCGAAUGUUGUUUCGAUCGGAGCAUCCGGUUUGUGUACAGUUACAUCAUGUACAACAACGUCGAUUCAAUGUACAAUUGUCAAUGCACCAGCUGGUCAAUAUGCUGUUGAAGUAAAUGUUUUGGGAAAAGGUUUUGCAUCAUCAAGCUCAAGUUUGAUAGUAAAUAUUCCUUUGCAAAUCACGGCAAUUUCACCUGCUUCGGGUGGCGCCGGUGGAGGAUAUUCAUUAACAGUAACGGGUACAGGAUUUUCAGCGAAUACUGUAGUUACUGUCGAUAAUAAUCUUUGUUUAAAUCCUCGAAUAACAAAUAAUUCGAUAAUAGUUUGCAGUGUUCCAUCGACAAAUGCGAUGAGUAACACUCAAGUAAAUGUGUCAGUCAGCGACGGCUCAUUAACAUCGAAUGCACCAUCGUUGUUUACUUAUAAUAUAAACAAUACUCCAACAAUCACAUCGAUUAGUCCGAAUGUUGCAUUCGUUAGCGGUGGUACUCAGGUAACGAUAAAUGGAGCAUUAUUUGGUAGUGGAUCCAUAUCUGUUUUAAUUGGCAAUACCUCGGCAACAAUCGUAUCAGCAACAUCAACGCAAAUCAUUGCCACUUUGCCAUCGUUGACAGCUGGAAUCUAUUCAGUUUAUGUCUCGACAGCGAAUGGCUAUGCUCGUCCAUCUGUAUCGCUUGAAUAUCGUUUUUAUGUUCAGUCAGUUAGUCCACAAGUUGGCUCUUUGUACGGUGGAACGAAUGUUUAUAUUCAAGGACAAGGUUUUGAUAACUCUACAACAGUUAACUUCACCAGUAGUACUAACAGUAUUCCAUGCACCAUUGUAUCUGUCCAAUCCACACAAAUUCAUUGUCAAACAACUGCAGCUGCACCACAGAUAACUAUCACAUCGAAUGGAGUUGAUCCAACAUAUGGAACUGGUUUUGCUUGGUCACCUCAGUAUGCAACCGUUCAACAAGGUGCGAUUGUUACUUGGCAAUGGGGAUCAUCAGCACUGCUUUCAUCGAUCAAUUAUAAAGUUCAACAAACAGCCAAUGGAUAUGACACAACUGCACUAGCAGGCGGAUUCGAUUCAGGAAAUGCAACAACAUCCGGAUCAUUUUCUUAUCAAUUUCUGGCUUUGGGUACUUAUUAUUAUUGGUCAACACCAGUAGAUUCAUCUGGUUUAAUCAGUCUUCGUGGCGUGAUUAAUGUCGUGUCCGCUCAAUCUCAAUUGCUUACCGUUCAAGUUUCAUCAGGAUCACUUCUUGCUCAAUCCUGUGCAUUUCCAUUUACAUACAGUGGAAUGAAUUAUACAUCAUGUACAACAGUUAACGAUACACAAUCAUGGUGCUCACCAUCGUUUGCUUACACAGGUCAACGAUUGUACUGUUCACCAACGAAUUCCAUCCCAGCUUCAUCGUGUGGUUCAAGUUCAUUACUUAAUCCAUCCUCGUGUUCUCAAACAGUUCCCUCGAGCAAUGCACUGGAGUUUUUAGCUACGCCGUGUACAAUUGGAUCAGUGACAUCGAUCUCUCCAGUAGUUGGAAGCGCAGGAACAGCAAUUACUAUUACUGGAACAGGUUUCAGUUCAACACCAUGUGAAAAUAUAGUUCAGAUUGGCUCGAACUACAGUUGCCCAAUCAUAAGUUCAACCUCCACACAAAUCAUCUGUCGAAUUGGUAAUGGUUCCUCACUUAAUGGCAAAACGGAACAGAGUAUUCAAGUCUCUCGAGAUCGACAAGGUUAUCUAAUCAAUAAUGGGCUGUUACAGUUUCAAUUCAAAGCAAUUAUUAAUCAAAUCUCACCAACACAAGGUUCAAUCAAUGGCGGUACUGUCGUAACAAUAUCUGGAGAUGGAUUUGUUCCAAGUGAUACCCGCGUUAUAUUUGGCAGUAUUGAAUACACAAGCAUAUCUACAAUAACAUAUUCUCAAAUAACAUUAACAAUCCCUUCGUUGCCAGUUUCUGCAUAUCUCGAUCAGAAUAUUCCAAUAACGAUCUUAAUCGGUACAAAUUCAGUUAUUUGUUCACCAGCAUCAUGUACGUAUCGAUGGUCAUCGAGUGCUACACCUUCGGUUCUAUCUGUUAGUCCAACAUCGAUUAGUGGUCCGACAACAUUGACAUUAACUGGUCAAAACUUACAACCGAUAAAUUCGAUUUCUGUUUCCAAUGUUCAUGUGACCAUCAACAAUCGCUCGUGCAAUGUAACAUCGAUGACAAACUCAACCAUUCUCUGUAACAUCGAUCAUAUCGAAGUUGGAACUUAUCCAAUUGUUGCAUCAAUCGAUGGUAUUGGAAAUGUUGUGUCGUCAGUCUCUCUAACAUCGACAGCAAGUUUAACCAGCGAAUCUCCCGCAAGUAUUGGAACAAAUGGUGGCGCACUAGUAACCAUAUACGGAAAUGGAUUUUCACCUAAUAGUAUAGUCAAAAUCGGUUCAAAUCCAUGUACAGUUGUUUCGAUCGAUGCAUCUCACAUUGAAUGCAUAUCACCUGCGCAAAACAGCAAUCCAUCUACAUCAAUAAUCAAUAUUGUAUCCAAUAAUAUCACCUAUCCAUCAACACUAUCAAUCCAAUAUAGUUCAUCAAUAACGCCGACUAUUUUAUCAAUUAGCCCAACAAGCGGAAGUGCAUCUCAAUCAUUGACAAUCAGCGGAUCAAAUUUUAUUACAGGACAAACCAAUGUUUCUAUCGGAGGAGUAUCCGCAACAAUUGUCAGUGUAACAUCGUCAUCAAUCACUUGUACAAUUCCAUCGAUACCAGCUGGAAAUCAUCCAGUCAUUGUUCAAGUCUCAUCCGUUGGUACCUCAAAUUCUAACAUUCAAUUUACAUAUUCUCUUCAACUAACUAAUGUUACACCGAAUCAAGGUAGUUACGGCGGUGGACAAAUAAUAUCCAUAAUUGGCGAUGGACUGGGUCAGUCAAAUGUAGCCGUUACAAUAUGUAAUCAGGUAUGUACGAUACAGUCAAUUGUGUCGAAUAAGCAAAUCACUUGCUUGACACCAUCUCAAACACUCUCAUCAUCGGAUACAACAUGUAUAUUGAAUGUGACUGUCAAUGGUCUCGUACAAACAAGUUCGUUUAUCUAUCGAAAUAGUUUAACAUCGACAGUAUCAUCGGUUAGUCCAAUUCGCGGCGGAACUGGUGGCGGAACAACACUGACCAUCACGGGAACAAAUUUUCCAAACUCAAUCAAUGAUGUUACAGUCAGCAUUGCCGGCGUUGUUUGUUCGGUUCAAAGUAUAAGUUCCACAAGUAUCACUUGUCUAACAGGAAGCUAUUCACAAACGACAGUUCAAGCAUUAGUUAUUGUCAAUAUUGCAAAUAGCGGAAAUGCCAUUGGAUCAUCGCAGUAUCAAUAUAUCGAUCUUUGGUCAAGUCCUUGGACAUGGGGUGGAGAAUCGCCACCUGAAGCAGGCACAAUUGUGUCCAUCGAUAGUGGUAAAACAGUGUAUUUCGAUACAACAAGUCCGAUAAUCAAAGCGAUCAUCAUUGAUAACGCUUCGUUGAUUUUUGAUGAUAAUCAAGAUGUUUACCUAAAUGUGGAAUAUAUUUUAAUUGUUAAUGGUGGUCGACUACAAGUUGGAACAGAAGCCAAUCCAUUUCAACAUAAAGCGGUGAUAACCAUGUAUGGACAAUUGAGAUCAAUAGAAUUACCUAUUUUCGGAGCGAAAGUGUUGGGAUUACGCGAUGGUACUCUUGAUAUGCAUGGUAAAAACGUCGGUCAGACAUGGGCACGUUUAGCAUCAACAACAGCAGCCGGAUCAUCACAGAUUACUUUACAAACACCAGUCAGCUGGUCAGUUGGUGAUGAAAUUAUCAUUGCGACAACAGGUGAUUACGAAAGUCAAGGAGAAAGUGAAGUUCGAACAAUUGCAAGUAUAUCGUCGAAUGGCUUGAGUUUAACAUUAAAUUCACCAUUGAAUUAUACACAUCUGGGUGUGACACAGAGUGUUGGAUCGAAAACGAUUGAGAUUCGAGCGGAAGUGGGUCUUCUUACACAUAAUGUAGUUUUUCAAGGUUCUACUACACCGACAUGGGAUCAAACAAUUCCUGCGUGUCCGGAUGGAUUCGACCCAGGUGAAUUUGCUACUCAAACAUGUUUUCUCGGCCGAUAUGGAGAGGAAAUUGGUUCCGAUCAGUUCGGUGCGACAAUCAUGGCUAGUGCUAGUCAAGAUAGUCUCGAUGGAACUCAACCAGCGAUCGUUCGUUUAUCAAAUAUCGAAGUAUUCAAUGGUGGUCAAGCAUUUCGUCUUGGCCGAUAUCCAAUACACUUUCAUAUGAACGGAAAUAUGAGUUUAUCGUACGUGAAAUCCUCGUCAAUUCAUCAGACAUUCAAUCGUGCAAUUAACAUUCAUGCAUCGAAUUAUUUAACUAUUCAGAACAAUGUUAUUUAUGAUAUCAUGGGUGGUGCAAUGUUUCUUGAAGAUGGAGUGGAAAUUGGAAAUACCUUUGAUGGAAAUCUAGCGGUCUUUGUUCGAACAAGUUCCAGUCUGUUAAAUGAAGAUGUCACACCUGCUGCUAUUUGGGUCACAAAUCCAAAUAAUACAGUGAUAAAUAAUGCUGUCGCUGGUGGAACACAUUUUGGUUAUUGGUAUCGAAUGCUUGAAACUCCAGAUGGACCAUCGUUUGCCAUGUAUCCCGGCUUUUGUCCGUAUCGACAACCGUUCGGUCGAUUUUACAACAACAGUGUUCAUAGUGUUGGUCGAAUCGGUGUUUGGAUAUUUCCGGAAUAUAGUCCAACAGUUGGUGGUAGCUGUACAGGUGAUGCACCUUAUCAAGCGGUUUUUGAAGGAUUAACAACGUGGAAAAAUGCUCGCGGUUUCGAAUGGGUCAUGUCGAGUACAAUACAAAUCAAAGGUGCUACCGUUUUCGAUAACAAUGAAGCCGGUCUGUCAUGUGUCACAGCGAUAAACGAUCAGGCAACCAAUUUACCAAAUCUUCGCUCGACAUUCUAUGAUAUCAAUACAGGUUCAUCGGUUAUUAAUUCGUUAAUUGUUGGAGAUUCCGGAACGUCAUCGAGUUCUGUUGUACCUUCGGAUGGUGGUCUUAUUGUGAUGUGGGAUCGUGGUCUUCGUGUCAAAAACGUGUCAUUUAUCAAUUUUCAAAGCUCGAAUACUCAAGCUAUCCGUGGUCCAAUCAUCGCUGGUCGUUGUCUCGUCAAUUGUGGGGGAUGGUUAACAAAAUUUUCUCAAUUAUCAUUCACAAAUGUCGUAAAUCGCGGACAAUUUCGCUGGUCGUAUGAUGGCUUGUAUCUCGAUGAAGAUGGAACGUUAGGAGGUGUUUCUGGAGCAACGAUCAUGGCACCCGAUGGUCUCUGGAAUACGUCAACUGCUUGUCAACCAACCCCACAUUUCGUUAAUGCUAUCACAUGUCCAUCAUCAUUAGGCAACUGGUUACGAUUUGCAUUCAAUCAAGCGAAUCUCGAUCAAAAUGGUGAAACCUUAUUUGUAUCUGAUUCAUCAAAUCAUGUCACUGAUGUUCCAUCUCUUCACAAGCGAUUAACUCAUCCAAACGGUUAUAUGAUGGCAUUACGUUCACAACAGACGUAUACUUUUCAAUUCGAAAACGAAAAUAGCACAACGAAUUUAUCCUACACAGGCAUCGUUUACAGUUUAUCUCCUGGAGAUUACUUGAUCAUUCAGCAAAGAAUGGAUUACAUCCCGGACCAAGUAUACACAACUUCAUCCUCAUUGGCAACACAAUCAUCAAAACCAUUAUCAGGCUUGACAAAUAACAAUGGCGAUUGGUAUUAUGACAAUGCAACGGCAUUAUUCUCGUAUAUUGUUAAAAAUCCAUCAUCAAAUGUUGGUACAAUCGACGUACCAGUGUCCUUGAGUGCGGUCAAAUGUCGUUAUCCAAACUGUCAGUAUCCAGUCUCACCCGGCUUACAACUUCCAGCAACAGCACGUCCAGCAAAUGCUCUAUAUUGGUCCAACGACUCUGAUUGGUCAUUUGCGACACAAGGCUAUGGAGGAUACGGAAGUGUUAAACCCGGAAAUAACAUGGAUAUUUACAUCCCACAAGGCAUCUGGCUUGUUGUUGAUUAUCCAUUACCAUAUAUUCUUUCAUUACGUAUUGAUGGUGUUUUGGAGUUCGAACAAGGUAUGAAUAACACAUUGAACGUGAAUAGUAUUCUUAUCAACGGUGGUCAGUUGAUCGUUGGGUGGCCUAAUAAUCCAUUAACAUCUAAUGUUGAUAUCAUCAUUCGUGGUAGUUCAUCUAUAAACGUUCUUCUACCAAACGAUGCUGGAUCAGUUGGACCAACGGUCAUUGGCGUACUGGGCGGUCUUGACCUUCAUGGUAUACCACGAAACGUCUCUUGGACACGCCUUGCUACAACAGCCGCAUCGAAUCAGAAAAAUCUCGUUUUAAGCGAACCAGUUGAUUGGAACGUCGGAGACGAAAUCAUUGUGACAACAACAGAUAAUAGUCUUUCACAUACUGAACGACACCAAAUCGCGAGUGUUAGUUCUAACCGAAUGACCAUAACGACAGUCAACUCGCUCAGUUAUACACAUAUUGUUAUAAAAGAAGUUUAUGCAAAUGGACAAACAGUUCAUAUUGCUGCUGCUGUUGGCCUGUUAACCAGAAAUAUUCGAGUCAUCAAUCAGAAUCCUUCAACAAGUUUAUUUGGUUUUCGAAUUUAUAUUAGCGACUAUGCAACGAAUGUUUGGGAUUCAGUUGCAAAUGAAUCUCUCUAUACAUAUUAUAAAGGUUUCGCCCGACUUUCCGAUACACAAUUUAUCGGCUAUGGACAAUUCGUUGAUGCAGCGGAUGAAGACAAACGCGAAGGCAUUCAUAUGUACAAUCUCGGCGAUUGGAAUGCUUCUCGGCCAACUUAUGUUGAUUCAUGUUCAUUCGAUGGUGCGAUUGUUACUUGGCAAUGGGGAUCAUCAGCACUGCUUUCAUCGAUCAAUUAUAAAGUUCAACAAACAGCCAAUGGAUAUGACACAACUGCACUAGCAGGCGGAUUUGAUUCAGGAAGUGCAACGACAUCCGGAUCAUUUUCUUAUCAAUUUCUGUCUUUGGGUACUUAUUAUUAUUGGUCAACACCAGUAGAUUCGUCUGGUUUAAUCAGUCUUCGUGGGGUGAUUAAUGUCCUGUCUGCUCAAUCUCAAUUACUUACCGUUCAAGUUUCAUCCGGAUCACUUCUUGCUCAAUCCUGUGCAUUUCCAUUUACAUACAAUGGAAUGAAUUAUACAUCAUGUACAACAGUUAACGAUACACAAUCAUGGUGCUCGCCAUCAUUUGCUUACACAGGUCAACGAUUGUACUGUUCAUCAACGAAUUCCAUCCCUACUUCAUCGUGUGGUUCAAGUUCAUUACUUAAUCCAUCCUCGUGUUCUCAAACAGUUCCCUCAAGCAAUGCACUGGAAUUUUUAGCUACUCCAUGUACAAUAGGAUCAGUGACAUCUAUUUCUCCGGUAGCUGGAAGCGCAGGAACAGCAAUUACCAUUACUGGAACAGGUUUUAGUUCAACACCAUGUGAAAAUAUAGUUCAGAUUGGGUCGAAAUACGAUUCCCCAAUCAUAAGUUCAACCUCCACACAAAUCAUCUGUCGAAUUGGUAAUAGUUCGUCACUUAAUGGCAAAACGGAACAGAGUGUUCAAGUCUCUCGAGAUCGACAAGGUUAUCUAAUCAAUAAUGGACUGUUACAGUUUCAAUUCAAAGCAAUUAUUAAUCAAAUCUCACCAACACAAGGUUCAAUCAAUGGUGGUACUGUCGUAACAAUAUCCGGAGAUGGAUUUGUUCCAAGUGAUACCCGUGUUAUAUUCGGCAGUAUUGAAUACACAAGCAUAUCUACAAUAACAUAUUCUCAAAUAACAUUAACAAUCCCUUCGUUGCCAGUUUCUGCAUAUCUCGAUCAGAAUAUUCCAAUAACGAUCUUAAUAGGUACAAAUUCAGUUAUUUGUUCACCAGCAUCCUGCACGUAUCGGUGGUCAUCAAGUGCUACACCUUCGAUUCUAUCUGUUAAUCCAGUAUCGAUUAGCGGUCCGACAACAUUGACAUUAACUGGUCAAAACUUACAAUCGGUGAAUUCGAUUUCUGUUUCCAAUGUUCAUGUGACCAUCAACAAUCACUCGUGCAAUGUAACAUCGAUGACAAACUCAACCAUUCUCUGUAACAUCGAUCAUGUCGAAGUCGGAACUUAUCCAAUCAUUGCAUCAAUCGAUGGUAUUGGAAAUGUUGUAUCGUCAGUCUCUCUAACAUCGACAGCAAGUUUAACCAGCGAAUUUCCCGCAAGUAUUGGAACAAAUGGUGGCGCACUAGUAACCAUAUACGGAAAUGGAUUUUCAUCCAAUAGUAUAGUCAAAAUUGGUUCAAAUCCAUGUACAGUUGUUUCAAUCGAUGCAUCUCACAUUGAAUGCAUAUCACCUGCGCAAAACAGCAAUCCAUCUACAUCAAUAAUCAAUAUUGUAUCCAAUAAUAUCACAUAUCCAUCAACACUAUCAAUCCAAUAUAGUUCAUCAAUAACGCCGACUAUUUUAUCAAUUAGUCCAACAAGCGGAAGUGCCUCUCAAUCAUUGACAAUCAGCGGAUCAAAUUUUAUUACAGGACAAAGCAAUGUUUCUAUCGGAGGAGUAUCUGCAACAAUUGUCAGUGUAACAUCGUCAUCAAUCACUUGUACAAUUCCAUCAAUACCAGCUGGAAAUCAUCCAGUCAUUGUUCAAGUCUCAUCCAUUGGUAUCUCAAAUUCUAACAUUCAAUUUACAUAUUCUCUUCAACUAACUAAUGUUACACCGAAUCAAGGUAGUUACGGAGGUGGACAAAUAAUAACCAUAAUUGGCGAUGGACUGAGUCAGUCAACUGUGGCCGUUACAAUAUGCAAUCAGGUAUGUGCGAUUCAGUCAAUUGUAUCGAAUAAUCAAAUCACCUGUUUGACACCAUCUCAAACACUCUCAUCAUCGGAUACAACAUGUACAUUGAGUGUGACUGUCAAUGGUCUCACACAGACAAGUUCAUUUAUCUAUCGAAAUAGUUUAACAUCGACAGUAUCAUCGGUUAGUCCAAUUCGCGGUGGAACUGGUGGCGGAACAACACUGACCAUCACAGGAACAAAUUUUCCGUAA